AUGGGUAAAGACACUAUUGCUGAUAUAAUAACUUCUAUACGCAAUGCUGACAUGAAUAGAAAAGGAACAGUUCGAAUACCAUCUACUAACAUCACCGAAAACCUUGUUAAAAUACUGUUAAGAGAAGGUUUUAUUGAAAAUGUGAGGAAACAUCAGGAAAACAACAAAUAUUUUUUGGUUUUAACCCUACGGCAUAGAAGGAAUAGGAAAGGUCCAUGUAAAACUGUUUUAAAUUUAAAACGGAUCAGUCGACCCGGUCUACGAAUCUAUUCUAGUUAUCAACGAAUUCCUAGAAUUUUAGGUGGGAUGGGGAUUGUAAUUCUUUCUACCUCUCGGGGUAUAAUGACGGACCGAGAGGCCCAACUAGAAGGAAUCGGCGGAGAAAUUUUGUGUUAUAUAUGGUAA